AUGGCUUCCAUACCAACCGCAGCGCGGUCCUUCCCCAAGAUCGCCCGGAAAGCCAUCCAACAACGAUCGAUAUCCGACGUCGCGAUUACACGCACGGGGAAGCCUGUCUUUCGAGUUCAGGGUGGAAGGUCAUCGCUAGGCGGACACACGGCCACGGUCUUCGGCGCAACGGGACAGCUCGGACGGUACAUCGUCAACCGAUUGGCUCGGGUAGGAUGUCAGGUCGUCAUCCCGUACAGAGAGGAGAUGGCCAAGCGCCACCUCAAGGUGUCGGGAGAUUUGGGAAGGGUGGAGUUCAUUGAAUACGACCUCAGGAACACCGAGUCGAUCGAGGAGGCCGUCAGACACUCAGAUGUUGUUUACAACCUGGUGGGCCGGACGUACCCAACAAAGAACUUCUCCUUGGAGGAUGUCCACGUCGAGGGCACCACUCGGAUUGCCGAGGCUGUGGCCAAGUACGACGUAGACCGCUUCAUCCACGUAUCCUCCUACAAUGCCGACCCCAACUCCCCAGCAACAUUCUUCGCGACCAAGGGCCGUGGUGAGCAGAUAGCCCGGGACAUAUAUCCUGAGACGACCAUCGUUCGACCUGCACCGUUGUUUGGCUUUGAGGACCAGCUGCUGCUGAAGCUCGCAGGCCAGACGAACCUGUUCACCUCAAAUCACAUGCAGGAGAAAUACUGGCCAGUUCACUCCAUUGACGUCGGCCAUGCCCUUGAGUUGAUGCUUUACGACGACAACACCGCUGGGCAGACAUUUGAGCUCUACGGACCCAAGCAGUACUCUACCGCGCAAAUCGCUGAGUUGGUCGACAGAGAAAUCUUCUCUCAGCGACGGCACAUCAACGUACCCAGGAGAUUCCUGGAGCCCGCUGCUAAGCUUCUCAACCAGGUGCUAUGGUGGCCUUGGAUGUCCGCUGAGCAGAUCCAGGUGGAGAACAUCGACCAGGUGAUUGACGAGAAGGCGAAGACCUUCAAGGAUCUCGGCAUCGAGCCAGGUGACAUCAGCAAGUUCACAUACCACUACGUGCAAGGCUUCCGUAGCGGUGCAUUCUACGAUCUGCCGCCAGCAAGUGAGAAGGAGAAGAGAGAGGAGAAGAAGUACCUGCAUGUGCUGGAUGAUCAAUAA